AUGUCACAGACCUUAAAAAAGAGAGGCAGUAACAGUGUUGGGAGGAAAUCGCCAGCAGCUUCUACCAUUGAAUUUGAUGAUAAGAAACCCGAGUUUGAUUUGAAUGCAGUUGUCCCUUCAAAAGAACCAGAAUAUAAAUACUUGGCAGCUCUAACCUUGGUAACCCUUCUAGCAAUUUAUACUCGAUUCACAAAAUUAGGCACUCCAAACAAAGUUGUUUUUGAUGAAGUCCAUUUCGGUAAGUUUGCGUCCUACUAUUUGGAACGUACUUAUUUCUUUGAUUUGCAUCCACCUUUUGCCAAAUUGUUAAUUGCAUUUGUCGGAUGGCUUAUUGGAUAUGAUGGUAAAUUUAAAUUCGAAGCUAUUGGUGACUCUUACAUUGAAAAUAAUGUUCCCUAUAUUGCAUACAGAUCUUUACUGGCCAUUCAAGGUGCAGCAAUCGUUCCAAUCAUGUUUUUAACCAUGAAAACUUUGGGGUUCUCUGUUGCAGCUUGUUUGUUCUCCAGCAUAAUUGUUUGCUUUGAUAACGCCCAGGUCACUGAUUCAAGAUUGAUUUUAUUAGAUGCCACCUUAAUUCUCAGUGUUGCAUUGACUAUCUUUUCGUAUUCCAAAUUUUCGACAUUUAGAAAGCAGCCCUUUUCUUCGAAAUGGUGGACUUGGUUGUUAGCCACAGGUGUAUCCUUAUCAUGUGUCAUUUCCACUAAAUAUGUUGGUGUCUUCACAUAUCUUACCAUUGGUAUUGCCGUUAUUCACGAAUUGUGGAUUUUGUUAGACUAUAGAAAAGGGUUGACCUUACAAGAAUUUGCAAAGCACUUUUUUGCCAGAUUAUGGGCUCUCAUAAUUGUUCCAUUUUGCAUCUAUUUGUAUUGGUUCUACUUGCAUUUUGCAAUUUUGACUAGAUCUGGUCCUGGUGACGCAUUUAUGUCUAGUGAAUUCCAGGAAACUUUGUUGGAGUCACCGCUAGCUGCUCACUCCAAGCAAGUGCAAUAUUUUGAUCAAAUUACUAUCAAACACAAAGAUACUGGUGCAUUUUUACAUUCACACCAACACGAAUAUCCAUUACGUUACGAAGAUGGAAGAAUUUCUUCCAAUGGACAGCAAGUUACUUGUGUAGUAGAUGAAAACGCAGCCAAUGAUCCAAACAACCAAUGGGAAAUAGUUCCAACUGUUGAAGGAGCCAACAAGGGUACAAAAGUUUACACAAAUGACAUUGUCAGAUUCAGACACAUUGGUACCGGUGGUUAUUUAUUAACUCACGAUGUGGCUUCACCUUUGAAACCAACCAAUGAAGAGUUUACUGUUGUUUAUGACGAUGCUGCCCAACAACGUUACAAUGAGACAUUAUUUAGAUUGAGAUUGCAUGUUCCAGGAUCAAACCCAAAGAAAGAAAAGAAUAAAAAAGAAAUUAAAACAUUGGCAACUGACUUGAGAAUUUUGCAUGUUGAUACUGUAGUUGCCAUGUGGACCCAUAAUGAUGAAUUAUUACCAGAAUGGGCAUUCAACCAACAAGAAGUCAGUGGUAAUAAAAAAAUCCCAGAUAAGGACAAUAUUUGGAAUUUCGAUUUGAUCACCAAUUUGCAAAGUACCGAUCCAAGAAAUCAAUAUGUUCCUAAAAAAGUCAAGACUUUGCCAUUUUUAAGAAAGUGGUGGGAAUUGCAAAUGUUAAUGUUUCAUCAUAAUAACCAGUUAUCAUCAGAACAUCCAUUUGCAACACAACCUGGCGAAUGGCCAUUGGCAUUGUCGGGAGUUUCCUUCUACAACGAUAAUACCGAGAAAAAGCAAAUUUUCUUUAUUGGUAACAUCUUUGGAUUUUGGUUAGAAGUUUGUUUCUUGUCAAUUUAUAUUGGUAUUUUAUUGGCUGAUCAAAUAACACGUCGUCGUAACAUACAUGUGUUGAGUGACAGAGCAAGAUCAAGAUUGUACAACACUUUGGGAUUUUUGUUUGUUGGCUGGGCUGCCCAUUACUUGCCAUUCUUUUUGAUGAAUCGUCAAAAGUUCUUGCAUCAUUACUUACCAGCACAUUUAGUGGCUGCAUUGUUUUCUGGUGGACUAGUUGAAUUCAUUUGCUCCAACAACUCAGCCAGACCAAAUGGCAAGCCUAUUGGGGUCAACAAAUACAAGAUUAUUGCUGUUGUUGCAGUUUGUUCUACUUCUAUUAUCUGGUUCUUUUUCUAUUUCAGACCACUUACCUACGGCGAUGUUUACUUGACUCCUGAGGAAAUUAAAGCUAGACAAUGGUUAGACAUCAAGUUGCAUUAUGGUAAAUAG